GUCUAAACAUAGGGAUAACGAUUCUGGCAAACAAGCAGUUUAACUAACUUUCAGCAAACAAAAUAAGUCUUAGGUGCGGAGAAAACAAACAUGUAUAGCGCUAUUGCUAUCCAAGAAAUCAUGAGAUUAGUUUCUAUGAUCGAUGAACGAAAUACUUGUGAAAAUCAUUCUACAACGGAAUUCUAUUGAAUUAUUUAUACAAAGUCUAGUGAAAGCGCAGAUGCUAACCAGCGCCCAAGCAUACCGGCGUUCGGAAAGUUCACACUCACACAGUGCCAACAUGUCGUCCGGGCCAGCACAGCUUUUCGUGGGUCGUCUGUCUAAAGACUGCCGAGUCAGGGACCUGGAAGACAUCUUUGAGGCUUACGGGCGUCUUCUUAGAUGCGACAUCAAGUAUGGUAUAUCAAUGGCUUAUGCUUUUAUCGACUAUGAAGAUAGGAGGGAUGCAGAGCAUAGCCUACCCACCCUACCUGCCAUUGAAUGGUUGGGCCCGAGCAACCGUGCCGACCGGCCGCUACCCGAUUCCGCCCGUCGCACUCUGCUCGCCUACCUACCCAUGAUUCCUUGGUGCCCACAACAGAUGCGAUAAAGUACGAGAACGGCCGGGAGAUCCGUGGCUCCAGUAUUGUGGUGGAGUGGGCACGUGGGCCCAGCAGGCGACACGGGUCAGGAGGGAGGUUUGAGGAGGAGUGUUUCCGAUGCCAUAGGCCUGGACACUGGGCACGAGAUUGCCCUGACUCGCGGGACUUUCGCUACGGUGGCAAUCGCAGGUCGUACAGCUAUUCCCGUUCUCGCUCACCCUCCCCUUACUACCACUCCAGAAGGUCACACAGGUCAAGAUCCAGGUCACCGUCCAGGAGGUCAAAGUCACCAUCACGAAGGAGAUCGUGGACACACUCCCGCUCGAGGUCUCGGUCCCGCUCAUAUUCUCCAUAUUACCGUAGGCGGCGCUCAGACUCCUACAUGAGAUCCCGCAGCAGGUCAAGGUCACGGUCAUACUCUCGUAGCAGGAGAGAGUACCGCUCCAAGUCUCCUGAUAGGAGUCGUAGCCGCAGCAGAAGUAGAUCAGCAAGCCGUAGUGUCAGCAGAAGUCGUAGCAGGUCAUGAGGAUCAUUUUAAGGUGGACACACGUAAAAGCUGCCAUGACAUUGGGCACAGAUGAGUGCCCUCCAACAGUUCCGUUUCAUCCCAGUACAUUCAUGCCUGUUUCUGUGUCAACUGGAUUCUUUCAUUUUGUGCCAUAGUCUUGGGGAAAAAAUUCCAAGAAAAUUGGGAGAAGAAAACUGUACAAUUGGAGAUGCUGUUUCCAAUAUGUCUCCAUACAAGUCCUGGUACAGUGUGAAUAGACACCUGCUUCUGUAUGUUUUAUUAACAAUGUCAAGUUAAGGUAUGUUACAAAACCAGCCUUGCAUGACAAAAUGUGUGUUCAACAGCACAGAUUUAUCAGUGAAAGAUAGGCAGCUACAGUCAUGUUAAAUCAGGCGUCUUUGUCUUAUCUUUUGUUAUAUAUAAUGUCAUACAUGUAUUGUUCCGUUGAAAAUUAGAAUGUUAUUUUGUAGUCUGUGUUACCAAUGUAAUAUUAGAAGUUAGUGUCCUGAAAUGAUUUUAUUCUAGUAGAUCACAUACAGUAUGUUUACUAGUAGUGUGACUUUGUAUUACUACAAGUUUGAUAUACAUGACUUGUACAAUUAAAGGGCUGUUAUAACUUUUGUUCUUAACCCUAUUUUGUGCAAUUAAGAGAAUUGUAUUUACUUUCAAUUUGUAUCUGUUACAAUUGAUCAAAUUAAGUAGAAAAGUUGUAAUCUGUUAUAUUCCGAUUCUAUAUCGUGGCUGGGUAAGAAAGGAUGGUGACACUGUGGCUGUGAAAAUGGUCCAAACUUAGAAACUUGUAUAAUGUUAUUGUGUUGAUAUCUAGCAGACAAGAGUUUGCAGAGUAAAAUACAGAGUGUCAGACAGAGGAUAAAAAAGUAUUUUCAACACAAUUUUCACACCCCAGUGUUCACACUCCCUUCUUUCCAUUGAAAAGAAAUUGUAGAUAAAAUAGAUUUCUGCAUGGUCAUGUUAUGUUAACAUUAAUUUAAGUAUUAAAAAAAAGUUGAAGUAAUCUUAUAAUUACUAUUGCAAGAGUUUAUUUAUGAUUAAUAUCAUAUAGUUCUGGUAUGCUUGAAUAAGCAUAUGUAUUAUUUGUUUUGUGUAUGAUAUAUGGUACAAUGUUCACGUAGUAAACUCCCUCAGAAAUGUUGUAUACACAGACUGCUUUGGUGAUGAAAGGAAGUUGAGAAUGCUUCCUGUAUACCAUAUACAUGUAUACCUUAUCUACCAAUAAGUGCCACUGGAGCUUUGUGACUCAGAAUCUUGUAAUGAGUGAUGGUUGUAGGCAGCCAUGCUUUUGUUACAUACAAAUAUUGUCCCGUACAUCUAUCAUGCAUGCCAUAGUGUGGAUUGUAUUUUACAGGAACAGGUGCAUAUGUGUAAGGAAUUUACACAAUGUGGACUUCACAUUUGUAAAUGCUGUGCAUGUUGAUUAGCACAGGGUAAAGAUGUUACGAGCUGUUUUGUAUUGCAGGUACAAGUAUGUAUCGCAGUGUUAUUGGUAGUUGUGGCAUGACUAUUUUAUGUGUAAGUUCAUGUUAUAGAAGUGUAUGUAGCUUGGUUACAAGUAUGUUCAUGUAGCAUUUUGGGAAAGUUCUUUAGUUUUGUUUAAGUAUCUCUACUUUCAAGAUGCUCUAUUUCCCCCAGUAAUGCUCCAGUAUGCUAGAAUACUGUGUAUUUUUCAAUCACUUCCUGCUAACACAU